AUGGGUGGUCUCUACCUGGAUGACUUCCUCAUCACUUCCGCCUUUUGUUGCCUCGUCGCCGACUUGGCCAUACAACAGAGGAUGUGGAACAUCGGCCUGAAAAACAUGGCCGAAGUCACGCCUGAACACUUUGUUGAGAUGAUGAAACUCAUCUAUCCUGGCUCAACAUUCUACACGCUCUCUCUGUGGCUGAUCAAAGCUGGCCUGGUAGUCUUCUACAAAAGACUGGCAGGCAACGGUACAGACAAGCGCCUACAGAAGAUUUACAAUGCCACACUUGUGUGGCUCGUGGUGUCAUGGCUGGCAAUUUUUUUUGACACCAUUUUCCGAUGCUAUCCACUGAGCCGCACCUGGAGUCUCGACCCUAGCCAAGCUUGUCCGGCCAGCGCGGCAACAAUCAACUACUGGAUGACGAUUUCCUUCAACAUUACGACCGAUAUCUUGAUCAUUUGCCUUCCGAUUUCCAUGGUCAUGAAGCUCAUUAUGCCCUUGAAACAAAAACUCGGUGUCGCCAGCAUUUUCGCCCUCGGUUUUGUGGUCGUCAUUGCCAGCAUUGUCCGCGCUGUCUACUCGCACCGCAACGAGACCAUGCUCACCUGCACAGUGUCGAUGAUCGAGACGUCCGUUGCCAUCAUCGCAACUUGUCUUCCGACGCUUCGUGUCAUCAUCCUAGGUCACACGUCUCGCAAGGGAACUUACGGGAGCCAGCCUGGCUCGCGCGUUUUUGAGCUCCGUGAUGGACACUCCCGGUUAACUGGCACGAACAAUUAUUCCAACCACCAGACAACAAUCACCGGAGGAGCAAAGAGGGAUUCCAGGAGGUUUCAGCGGGCGCAUAUGGGACGCAGUGACAGCGAGGACGAGCUAGUCAAAGAGUUGCAUCAAUAUCCGACGCACUCCAGCCCUACAUAUGUGCCCCGCUCGCCAACGGAGAAGAACUAUGAAGGCAGGAAUGACGAGGAGACGGGCAACGCCCUGCGGAAGUCAAAUGCCAUUGCAAUCACAACAGAGGUUACGGUUUUCCCGGCAGUUAACGUCGCCGAUCUUCCAGAGGAGGCACACAUGAGGGAUGGCAGGCGCAGCACAUAA